GCAACCCCAUGAGUGAAGCGGACCCUACUCGUUAAAAGACAUAGAACAUAACCCUACAUCGAAAUUCCCAAAUCCUUCACAUUGCAUAUAAUAAUUUUGCCCCUUUAACUCUCAUCCUCUCCUUAGGCUUACAUAUUAUCUUCCCAUUCAUUAAAUUACUUUUAUGAUCCCUUGGCAUAGUUGUUGAAGUGCAAUACCAGUUUUUUAGGCAAGUGUCUGUUCGGGUAGAGAUAGAGAGAGACAGAGUCACACGGUUUUUACCUAUAUAAUUUCUCUCAUCUUCUAUCUAUUCUUCAAAACAAACAACUUGUUUGGUCCGAUUUCUCCGAUCGAUCAUGGCUAACUCUGCGAUGGCAACCGAGCAACUUUGCUACAUCCCUUGCAACUUUUGCAACAUAAUGCUCGCGGUGAGUGUCCCAUGCAGCAGCUUGUUCGACAUUGUGACCGUCCGAUGCGGUCACUGCACCAAUCUGUGGUCUGUAAACAUGGCAGCUGCUCUUCAGUCACUUUCACGCCCUAAUUUCCAUGCAACGAACUAUGCAGUACCAGAGUAUGGAUCUUCCUCAAGAGACCACACCAAAAUACCUUCAAGAAUUUCAACUCGUACCAUAACUGAGCAAAGGAUAGUAAACCGUCCCUCGGAGAAGCGGCAGCGAGUACCUUCUGCGUACAACCAAUUCAUAAAAGAGGAAAUUCAAAGGAUUAAGGCAAAUAAUCCAGACAUAAGCCACAGAGAAGCAUUCAGCUCCGCUGCCAAGAAUUGGGCACACUUUCCUCAUAUUCACUUCGGCCUCAUGCUGGAGAGUAACAAGCAAGCUAAGCUAGCUUGAAAAUCGUGGAAGUUAAUGAUAAUAGGUGUUGGAGACUUUGAAGUAAUAAGAGCUGAGAAGGAUAUACAUAUAUAUAUUGUACGAUCUUGGAAUCGUAUGUAUAUAUAAGUGAAGAUAUCUAUCUUAUAAACCAUCUGUUAUAAUUUAGUAAAAGCAUCUUAUGAUUUAUGUUUAUGGUAUUUGUAUGGUUCGUCUCACAAGAUGUAUGAGUUCCUUCAGGAUUUUAUGAAUCUAAAAAAAAAAAAAAUGUAAUCUACUUCUUGAGAAGGCAUGGAUUAUUGCGAAACUAUCUUUUACUUUGAAUUUUGAAUGAGAAAAAUAUCAUUUAAAUCA